AUGUCGGAGAGGCAGAGGCGGGGUGGGCGGGAAGGCGGCGGGCUGGCAGCUGAAAGGCGCUUUCUCUGCGAGGUGCGGGCGGCCGGAGCGCGGAGGGAUACGACGUUACGGGGAGGAGGGGCCGCGGCGGGGCAGCGGCGAUUCGCGGCGGCGGGGAGGCUGGAAGUUACCGAGUUUCAGUGUCGCAGAAAUGGGAAGCGGGCGAAGCCAAAGUGCCCCCGGGGAGCGCGGCCCCGCUGGGGAGGCGGGCUGAGGAAGCCCGUCCCUUCCCCACCCCCCUCGAACCUCCCCUCUACCCCUUCGCCCCUCUCCCCCCGCCCGCCGCGGAUCCCCCAUCCCCCGUACCAGGCCCCUCCCGGGCGCGGGGUUUCGGCGGCCCCGGGGCUCCCUCGGAGCCCGGCAGGGGCCUCGGGGCGCUGCGGCUUUGGCAUUAGCGCCCAAAUCAGCCUGACGAAUCAUCUUGGCUUCUGGGAGCGAUGGCAAGAGGAGGAGUGUUGUCAACGCGAGGACAAGCGAGGGAUGGCGAUGCCUGCAACCUAUGGCUGAACUGGAGGUAAUUCACUAGCGGAUCAAUAACGUACCGAAGGUUCCUGAAAGGCUGCAACAUUGUACUGAGCAUGAUUAGCGAUUAAAUCAUUUAUUUGUUUAAUGUUUGGUAGAUCGACGGUGCCGAAUAAACGUUCUGAUUGGUGCUGUAGCCGUUUGCUGCUUACAGUCAAAAAGGAAAAGAAAAUAAAACCAGAACAAAUGUCCGCCAAUAAUUACCUUUAAAAACAAAAAAACAAAAAACAAUCCGUACCGAAGAGGAAGGGGCUUGAAGGAGCGUAAUUACUUCUUUUUAUGGUUUGCAAUGCAUCUGUCCUUUUUCAGGUCGCGUUAGGGCCUCGCAAGAACAAAUAUGUUUGUGGACAAUAAUGAAUUUAGCAGGGAUCGAUCUAAGCAGGGGAAGCUGUCAGGUUUUUUAAUAGUUAAUUUGAGCCAUUUAUUAGGUAAUGUAACCUGUGCAGCAAUGCCAGAAGUACAUUUAAAAUGAUACAUAAGUUAGACAAAGAAUAUUUUGUGCAUAAAGACCCCGAAGCUCUCAACCGUGGAACUUUUAACAAAAUUCAAUUUAAACUGUACUUCUGUGUAACUAAGGGGAGGCUGAGUUGAGCAUUUUUAUGUGUUUCCAAGGCCCACGAGCUCGGUGUAGGAGCUUACUGCUUGAGCUUUGUGCUUGGCACAGCAAGAAAGCUUGCUGCAGCCACCCUUUUGCUUUACUGCACAAACGUAACCAUGAAAGGUUAGAGAAAGGAGGCUAAGAUGCCACAUGCUCCUGUAAAGUCGUGUUAUUAAAAGUGAUAGAAAUUAAGAUUUAUUUAGCAGAUGCCUAGGUCCUAUGUAUUUUGACAUACAAUUAUCAAACGUCCUAAAAAUUCUUCAGAUCAUCACCGAGAACAUUGUCGGUAAUCAGCAGGGUUAAUGUAUUUUGUAAUGCAAGAAAAAAAAAAAUUAAGAUGCAAAAUCGUGCAUACUAGGUUUGAGUACCUCAUCUGUAGCUACUCUCACUUCAUAUAUUUAAAAACGUAUGGGUGUUUUCCUUUCCUGGUUUUUAUAACAAUAACCACUCUGUGAUUCAGCUUCAUUUUAAACCCCCACUUCAAAUAAUUGAAAUGGCAAUGAAAUAAUAUUUACCAUCUAA